AGGUCAAUGCUGAGUUGAGGGCUGAGCUUGAAGAAACCCUCGUAAUGUUGACGAUGAAAGACAGAGAAAUCACAAAGAAGGAAAUAAUCCUGGAUAAAAUGAAGAAUUCCCACGUGGAGAAUCAUAACAUGAUUGAGGGUCUGCAGUCAGAGCUGAGGAGGUUACAAGAACAUUCACAUCAGAUUCUUUUGAGAUAUGACAGACACUGUAUUGGUCCUCAGAAUCUUUGCAGCCAAGAUCCUCCAAACCAUCGCUCUCUGCAGAGUGAGAUGCAGGAUAUGCAGCAGUAUCACAGAGCUCUGGAUGACAUAAGCCUCCCCUCCCUGCACAGCGAUGACAUUCAGAGCAUCAUCCACAGGAUCAAGUCUGCAGAGAUUGCUCAUCUUCUGCUCAAUAAGUGUCCUGAGAGGGACUGCGCUUCUGUAGAAACACAGGAGAGGCCUUUUCCUCACCGUCUGCAGCAACAGGCAAGCAUCAAGCAGCAGCUUGUCAAUGUGCUGCAGGAGCUGGAACUGCACAAGUGUAUGUGGGAGGAGAAAGGAGAGAAGGUGGAGGAGCGCCUGAGGAAUAAGGAGCAAAAGGAGCAAAAGCAAAGUCCGAGUCAGACUCUGAACCAGGAUGCCAAAAAAGUGGCUGUGGUGAACUGGUGGAAAGCCUGCAGCCUAGACGGAUCAAGGGCCCGGACAAAAGAAACCCAGCCACUUCAGGAUCUUUCUGAAACACAAGCCAAGCUCCGGAAGGCCGAGCAGACAAUCACUGAUAUGAGGGAGCAGGUCCUCCACCUGCAAACCUCAUUAACAUCCGCCCAGGAGCGUGUCACUGCAAAAAACACAACCAGAGCUUGCUGUAUUGACAAGACAACCAACACUGAGAGAGAGGAAUCAGACAGCGCUGUGGUGGAGAAGGUUCGAAAGGAUCAGAGAGAUGCAGCAGUGGCCACAGAGACUACAGGUGGAGCAGCCUCAGAGCAGGAGCAGACCAAGCCUUGGGUGAGUGCAGACGGCCUCUUGGCGACUCUCAGGAGGAUGGAAGAGAUGGUGAACAGCGCCCUGGAGACGGCUGAGUUGGUGAGAGAGAGCGAGCAGAGGGUGGGCCAGGUGAGGGUGAGGAUGGAGAGCAUCACUCAGAGGGUGGAGGAGGCUCUGGGACGAGCAGCCAACACCGACCUGCAGCUGACUAUGAUGGAGGCAAGGAUCACAGAACUAAGUCCAACACAGUCUCGAGGCCCAGCUCUGCAGGCCGAUCCUGGAACAGUGACAGCAAAUGUCACAGAUGAGUCUCAUGUGGAGCCUAAAGAUGGAGACCAAACCAAGAGUCCUCCUCCUCCUCCUCCUCCAUCUCCUCCUCUUCUCCCACAAGUCAGCGAGCCUCCACAGCUUCCCAUGAAUGGUGACACAGGACAAGGCAGCUGCAGCAAGGUCCAGAUUGAGGAGAAAAACGUACUUCGGGGUUCUCCUAUUAAACAAAGUGAUCAGACCUUCAGAGAGCCCUGUGACGCCCCCUGUCCUGCUGAGAGACCUUUUAUUUUCCCUCACACCCGUUCACGCCCUUCCCAGCCCCCCAGCAUGCCCACACUGCCUGAGGAAGAGGAGGACUCACCUGAGGAGCUGGACAGUUCCUCCAGCUCUCCAAGCACGUCUACACACAGUGAAAGUCGAGCCGUCGUCAUGGCCGCCCCCACUAUCGUUUACCCACAGCAGACCACUAUCAUCCAACAAGAUGGGCGUCCACUCGAACAGGCCAGGCCACACAGUCCCAGAGCACGCCUGGCAAGGAAAUCAUCUUCAGGACCCAUCACAACUGUUGACAGCACAGGUCAUGUGAUUGACCUGGUGAAGGAUCCGCUGCCAGAGCUGCAGCUCUCUGAGGAGGACCGACAAAAGAAUCUGGAGCUGCUUGAACAGGCCAAGAAGGUCAGCGACCGCUUCCUGACACGUCGUGGCCGCCGCUCUACUGGUAGCCUCUCGGAGUCCCCAAUAGCUCUUUCUCCAACCCCAACUCCAUCAGCCUCACCAUGCCAAUCCAGAAGCAGCUCACUGACUGUGGGUCCCCAGCCCGAGGCGGCCAGUGUCAACUCACAGCCAGUUGGACAGCACCUUGGGGUUCCUUCAGGGCGAGAACAGCAUGACUUAACAUCCCAGGAUAAAGAGCCUCAGGGAAACAGACUGUUGGUGGACUGGAAGCCGUCUGAGAAGAGAAAAGUUUCAUCUGGGACUCUAACGCCCCGUUUUGCUGUUCAAAAGGAGAACUGUGAUCCUUCUUUAACAAAGAGUCCUCCAGCUCUCAGUAAAGCAGAUGAAGGAGCUGGCCCAGGACGAAAUCUCAACCAGGCCCCCGCCACAGGGGUGGCCAAGCCUGUCCCUCGACCCCCUACUCAACUGGCUCCCUGCACAGCAGAGAUCAAGACGAUUGGGGCCUUCCCUCCACUAAUGAGAGCUGUUUCCUGGGAUUCUGUAGGCAGCCUUAACUCUAGAAAUGGAGCUCCAAGUUUCCCUCCUACACUAGAGGAAAACUUCUCAGAAAAACCCAGAGAUGCUGUGUUAAAGCCGUCAGGGUACAAGGACCUCCCUGUUCAGUCUGGGAGUAUACAUAAACUCUCCAAACUAAAAGAGGAGCGUACAUUAAUGCGUAACCAAAGCAUUGUGGGAUCCAAGUUACCAGACUUGAGUGAAGCUGCUGAACAGGAAAAAGGUUCUCCGUCAUCUACAACUGCAGAGGAAAUAAAGGAGAAGUCUGACGCCAUGCCAAACAUUUCAGAUGUGAUGCUAAGGAAACUCAAACUUCACCGAGGUCUACCAGGCUGUGCACCCCCAUUCACUGAAAAAGAAGUUGAGAAUGCCUUCGUGCAGCUGUCUCUGGCAUUUCGGAACGACAACUACACUCUGGAGAUGCGGCUCAAACAAGCAGAGAGGGAGAGGAACCUGACAGAGGAAGACACAGAGAAAGAGCUAGAGGAGUUCAAAGGAGCUCUGAAGAUGACUGCACCACAGUGGCAGAACCUGGAGCAGCGUGAGGCCUACCAGCGCCUCAUAGAGACUCUGGCUGUGCUGCAUCGACUAGCAACACGGCUCUCCAGCAGAGCGGAGAUAGUGGGAGCAGUUCGGCAGGAGAAACGUAUGAGCAAGGCCACUGAGGUCAUGAUGCAGUAUGUGGAAAACCUGAAGAGGACAUAUGAGAAGGACCAUGCAGAGCUAAUGGAGUUUAAGAAGCUGGCCAACCAGAACUCAAACCGCUGUUAUGGAGGAUCUGUAGACACAGGAGAUGAUGGUGUUCCAAGGCCUUCAAGAUCGAUGUCACUCACUCUUGGAAAGGCUCUGCCCAGGCGUAGGGUGAGCGUAGCAGUGGUACCAAAGUUUAACCUCCUGAAUAUCCCAGGUCAGACCCCAGCCACAGCCGGCCCUGGCCCCAACACAGGACCAAGCACGGGACCAAACGCAGGACCCACAGCUGGUGCUGCUCUUCCUGUCCUGUGUGAAGCAAAUGAUGCAAAAGGCAGCACUCCAACAGAAUCAGAACAACCAGCAGCAGAAAGUGGAAAGAGUGUGUCGGAGCAGGAAAGCGAGCCAGCGAAACCUGCGGUCAACUUAGAGGAGAUCAGGGCCGAGAUCAGAGCUGAGCUGAAGGCAAAGAUCGAGGAGGAGGCGUAUAAUAAAGGCUUCCAAGAGGGACUGAAGCAAAGUAAAGAAAUACAGGAAAAGAAACGAGAAGAAGAAAGUACUAUAGAGAAAAUGCUGGAUAUGAAAAACAAGGAUGAAGAGAGUGGAAAGAAGAUAAAGACGAGCAGGAGGAUGGAGGAGUUUAUCUUUCUUCUUGGUCGAGUUUGUCCCAAGAUUCCUGUGAGUCGGCGGCUCCUCUGGAUCGCCCUGACACUGUUUGUGGUGAUGUGUCUGAUCAUCAGUAUUUUUACCUUCUUCAGUGACAAAUACAACAGACGUGAGGACACGUAAGCAGAGGAUGAGUUUGUGGGAGGGGCGAUGAAGACGUUUGGACUGAAGUGUAAAACCAAGAGUCCCAAGAAUACAAAAAAAGAUGACAUGAGCCCCUCUGUUGGCUUACCAAACAUCCCACUAAGACUCCCUCAAAUCUGUGACCUCGACUCCUGAGUGUCUAGGAUGUUUUGGAGGCUUUCUGAAAAACGUUGCCUUUCUCUUGGUCAACAGCAAUAACAUCAUUUUGUUGGGUUUGGAAAAUUGGCAAAUUGUUUGCUACAGUGUGAAAGUUUUUGUGGGACCAACACUUAAAUUUGAAAGACACAAUAGAAAAGUGUAAAUUUAUCUACACUCUAAUAUAAGAAUAUAACCUCUCAGGUCCAUAUGAAGUUUAAGUCUUUAAGAGAUUUAAAAAUCAUAUUUAAAGAUAAAGAAAAAUGUGUAUUUUCUACAUGUAUUUAAAUACUUUGAAAUAUGAGCACAUUCCAUGGUAGUUCCUUAAGUGCAAUAAUUUGCAGUUGAUGGUUCUUGUUUGUGUUGUUUUGGUUUGUGUUUUCAGAGCACUGAGACAUUUCCCUUAUGUAUAAGAGCACUAUUAAGAUGGAUAUUUUUUAUCUUUGUAGCAUAUGUGUGCCUUUUUGUGUUGUUUGUUUUCUGUAGAUUUUAUGUUCUGACACUCCACCUUUAAAAUAAAGGUGCCUGAAAACAAACUGUUGUUACUCACAAUGACAUGAAGACAAGCUGUGAGGAUAGCAUUGACAUAUUAUCACCUUGUAAUAGCAUAUUUUACAUCCAGCAAUUAUCAAGCAACAUUUUGAUAUCUUUGUAGUCAUACCUGGUACCACAACAUAAAUUCAGUUAUUUUGGUUUCAGUCAUUUUAGUCUCCUGAGGGAAAUGAUUUGUUCUCUCUUAACUAAACUACAUUUUCUUUACAAUUCAGUCUUGUCUCUAACUCUGUCUGCAUUUUGUUGAUCAGGUAGUGAAAAAUACGCUGAAACAAGAUACUUAUCUUACUACUAUAAUUGGAGAGCUGUCUGGAUGUGUCUGUCUCGACUUGCAAACCUCCCUGUUGCUCUAAUUUUUAUUCAUACCUCUCAGAGGACUUCUUGGGUAUACUGGUUCGAGACUGGAACCAUAACAACUUCACAAAUAUGUCUAGAUUUUGUAUAAAACUCCAAAAUUGCUGUUUUUUUGCUUCAGUUUGCCCCCCCUAUUUAAUUACACAUUAAAUACAAAAAUACAUAGACUUGCAAAGUAUCACAAUUACGAUUGGACAUGUACAAGAUUUUGUUGGUAUUAUUUCUAGUUUAGAUAAUGACGGUAAGAGUGAACUAAUCAGUGAGGUUUCACUACGAUGUGAUGCAAUGUGAGACGAUACAAAACAUUACAAUAGGAUACGAUACGUAACAAUACGACACAAUAUGAUAUGAUGAGAUUUGAUAAAAGCCAGUUGGAUGCAAUGCCAUGCUGUGCGAUACAAUAUGGCACGUCACGGCACAUACAAUAUGAGAGUACAAUACAACAAUAGGAAGUGAUGCAGAGUGGAACAAUACGAUACAAUAUUACAUAAAAUUCCAUAUGAUAUCAGUUUAUGAAACACGCUAUAUGGUAUGAUUUGAUAAACCAUGAUAUGAUACAGUACGAUAUGAAGGAUAUUGUAUGGUUUGAUAUGGUUGAUAUGAUAUGAUAUGGUACUAUACCAUAUGAUAAAUAACGAGAUUUAAUAAAAGCCAAC